ACGCUCAUCGGAUCAAACCCGUCCAUCAUCAGCCGCACAACGGAGCCCGACGAACCCUCGAGAAAAUCCGAAAAACGGCGGAGCUUCCAACGCUCCAGCCCCUACUCCCUCUCGAUGUCAUCGAUCCUCACCUCCUGCUCUCCUCCCGAUUUAAUUCUUUCCUCCCCCUCCCUUCGGAACCCAUUUCUUCUCCUCCCUUCCUUCCAAUCCUUCGAUAGCUCUCAUCCCCUACAGGUGCUCUUCUCUUCAGAUCCGGCGAUCUCUUUCCGACCAUUUCGCGGAUUUGAUUGCCGGAGAGCCUUCUUUCUCUGCUCGAACUGAGAUCACUAGUAUUUUUUUCCCGUUCUGUCUCGGGAUUUGGUCCCAGUAUGGACUCGAUGAUCGCUUGCAAGUCGGGCUGCUCGCCUCCUGGGUUAUUCAUCAGACCUGCCAGAGGAAUUAGGAGCUCUCAAUGCAGCUUUAUGGUGGGAAUUGAUCCAAACUUUCGCAAGAUAAGCUUUCCAAGGCAAAGAGCUGCUUGCACGAUCUGGAAAUCAAAAAAAAAUGGAGGAGCGCUGAAUGCAACUUGCCAUGAUGAGAAGAUUCUUGUGGCAAAUAGAGGGGAAAUUGCGGUCCGAGUGAUUCGAACCGCACAUGAGAUGGGGAUUCCCUGUGUUGCUGUGCACUCUACAAUAGAUCAGGAUGCUCUUCAUGUGCGACUUGCAGAUGAGGCAGUGUGCAUCGGUGAAGCACCAAGCAGUCAAUCGUAUUUAUUUAUUCCAAAUGUUUUAUCUGCUGCUGUUAGCCGGGGGUGCACUAUGUUGCAUCCUGGAUAUGGUUUCCUGGCUGAGAAUGCUGGCUUUGUUGAUAUAUGCAAAGAGCAUGGAAUCAACUUUAUUGGGCCCAAUCCUGACAGCAUUCGAGUCAUGGGCGAUAAAUCUACAGCCAGAGAAACUAUGAAGAAAGCAGGCGUCCCAACCGUACCUGGAAGUGAUGGACUGUUACAGUCCACCGAGGAGGCUGUCAAGCUUGCACAUGACAUUGGUUUCCCCGUGAUGAUCAAGGCAACUGCUGGUGGUGGAGGGCGUGGAAUGCGUCUAGCUCAUGAACCUGAAGAGUUUGUAAAGUUGCUCCAGCAAGCUAAGAGUGAGGCAGCUGCGGCUUUUGGAAAUGAUGGGGUUUACCUGGAGAAAUACAUCCAGAAUCCAAGGCACAUUGAGUUCCAGAUUCUUGCAGACAAGUACGGAAAUGUUGUUCAUUUUGGGGAGCGUGAUUGCAGUAUUCAGAGAAGGAAUCAGAAGCUCCUAGAAGAAGCUCCAUCACCUGCAUUGACCCCUGAACUACGCAAAGCUAUGGGGGAUGCAGCUGUAGCAGCUGCUGCAUCUAUAGGUUACAUUGGUGUUGGAACUGUAGAAUUUCUCUUGGAUGAAAGAGGUUCCUUCUACUUCAUGGAAAUGAACACGAGGAUCCAGGUAGAGCACCCAGUUACUGAAAUGAUUUCUUCAACUGAUUUGAUUGAAGAACAACUUCGAGUUGCUCUUGGAGAGAGACUGACGUACAAACAGGAAGACAUUGUUCUGAGGGGACAUUCAAUUGAGUGCCGUAUUAAUGCAGAGGAUGCCUUCAAAGGAUUUCGCCCAGGGCCAGGAAAGAUCACAUCAUACUUGCCAUCUGGAGGUCCAUUUGUGAGAAUGGAUAGUCAUGUUUAUCCAGGCUAUGUGGUUCCUCCAAGCUAUGACUCCUUGCUAGGAAAGCUUAUUGUGUGGGCACCAACCAGGGAGAAAGCAAUAGAGCGGAUGAAAAGAGCUCUCGAUGACACCAUAAUAACAGGAAUUCCUACAACCAUUGAAUACCAUAAGCUAAUUCUUGAUGUUGAGGACUUCAGAAAUGGAAAAGUAGAUACUGCCUUCAUACCUAAGCACGAGAAGGAUUUAACUGUGUCCCAGAAACUAGUGCUGUCAACAUCGGAGAAAGAGCUUGCUGGGGUGGGUCCCUAAACUUUAUAUCAUGUGCCGCAGUCCCCAUGGCAUGUCAGUCUCUUACAACAUUCAUUGCUUACCAGUGCAAGAUUUUGACUUGAGAAUCACCAUAGCCUACGCCAAUUCCUCUCUCUCUCAUCCAAUUAUCUUAAAAAUUUCUGUCGGUUUGUCUAGGCACUAGGCAGUGAAGCUUAUGACUGGAAAUUGUAUUGAGUGAGAAGCAUAGCUUCUGCUUGGAAACGAUUUAGGAUUAUCUGGGGAUGGAUAUGCACAUUGAAGCAAUUAUUGUUAUUUAUAGACUCUGUUCUUUCCCGGAUUAAUGGAAUGUGUUUUUCUCAAGUUUUGCUG